CCUUCUUUCGCCUGGCAAAUGGGAAGCGUGGGGCAUUUCCGAGAACCAAAAUCGGAACCUGCCAUUUAGUGGGAUUUGGAAAUCGCAGGAGAAAGGGUCUUGCACACCCCUCCAUGGUACUGCUUUUCAGAUCCACUCAGGUCCCUUUGCCAGCUGUUUAUAUCAUUGGAUGUCGCAUGACGCACGCCUAUUCUGUGGUUUGGCAUGUGCGCUUGUGAAACUUGUCAUCCACGAUCAGCCCUCGCACGCACAAGCAAGCAGCCCAGGCUGAGCAGCGCACACGUGCUUACUUUUCUUUCCACAACCGCGACCCUCGAACCUCCUCGAAUUACACGUCUGCCUGCUCUCGCUCAGUAAACAUUCGGACAUGCCUGGCCGCUCCAUUCCACUGCGCUCCCUCGUUGUCCACCGCCGCCGACAAUGUCCAUCCGCGUCCUAAUCAAAGAAUUCCCACACCGCGCCAUCGCCCUCACCACGUCCUCGCACGCGCUAGUCCUCCGACACACCUCGACUUCGACUGAUCAGAGCGCGAACUACAAUGCGAGCACAACGUCGCUGGGGAGCAAUGGCGUGGGCGCAGCGCGGUGUAUGGUCGAGUUCAACACGGUGGAGGAAGUGGAUUUGAGUGAUUACAGGGCGCUGAAUAUGGUGAAUGCGCAUGGGACGCUGGGGCUAAUCACCGUGAACGGGGAUAUUUUUCUGGUGGUUGUCAAUGGGGCCAGCAAGGUUGCGACGGUGAGGCUGGGGGAGACGGUACAGAGGAUUCAUUCCGUGGGCUUUUAUUGCUUGAAUAGCUCGAGCUAUGAUUCCUUGCUUAACGACGAGGUCAAUCCGUACCCCACCGAUACGAUUGACGAUGAGGGCUUUGAGAUGGGUUUUGGGAGGGGGAAGGGCGAGGGUCCGCUGGAGCAUCCUUGUUUGGCGCUCAAGAAGCUUUUGAGCAGUGGAACGUUUUAUUAUAGCUCGGAUUUUGAUCUUACGAGGCGGUUGCAGGAAAGGUCCUCGGACGCCGCGACCGUAUCGAUCGACAGUCUCGACGCCGGCUUCCUUUGGAAUUCGUAUAUGAUUCAGCCGCUAGUGGAUUUCAGGUCGAGAUUAGCACCGCGGGAGAAGCAGGCAUUGGAUGCUUCGGGGAUCCUUACGUCUGCUAUUCGAGGAUUUGCGCUUACGAUUACGGUGCCGUCUUCCUCGUCGCCUAUUCGUACACCGCGGUCCGGAUUGCCAUCGUCUAUGACCCUUAUUUCGAGAUUGUCUUGCAGAAGAGCUGGGACUAGGUUCAAUGCCCGCGGUAUCGACGAUGACGGAAACGUUGCGAACUUCGUCGAGACCGAGACUAUCUUUUGGGCGCCGACCGGAGUGUGCUUUUCGUAUACUCAGGUACGAGGAAGCGUGCCGGUGUUUUGGGAGCAAGCGACUGGUCUUUUACCUGGUCAGCAAAAGAUCACGAUUACACGGUCUCCAGAAGCUACGCAGCCAGCGUUCGACAAGCACUUUGAGAAUUUGGAGCUCAGCUACGGUGCGAUACACGUCGUCAACCUCCUAAGCAACGAAAAGCCCAACGAGAUUGAACUCACGAAUAGAUAUCGUUACCACAUCAGAAACAGUCCACUCAACGUUGGAGAUGAGAAGAACUCAAGAGAGCAUGAGCUCAUUAGGCUCACAGAAUACGACUUCCACGCCGAGACGAGAGGGCCGGGCGGCUACGAGAUGGCAAGCAUGAUCUCACAGUGGAUACGGGAAUCUGCAGAUGGGUUUGCGUACUAUCUGUCCGAAGAGGUGGAGGAGCAUGCGAAGUCGAAUGGUCAAGAUUAUGUCAUGCGACGGCCGGCUACGAUUUUGCAGCAGGAGGGUGUUUUCAGAACGAACUGUCUGGAUUGCUUGGACCGGACAAAUCUUGUUCAGACGAUCAUUAGCAGGAUGGCUCUGGAGAUCUUCCUAGGUCAUAAGGCGGUAGGUGCAAGUCAAGACUUCUGGGUAAGACAUUCGAGCAUGUGGGCAGAUAACGGCGACGCUCUAUCACGCAUAUACGCCGGUACAGGAGCGCUCAAGUCCUCGUUUACGAGACAUGGAAAGAUGUCGCUCGCUGGAGCACUGGCUGAUGCACGGAAGAGCGCAACGAGGAUGUACAUCAACAACUUUGCCGACAAGGGACGGCAGAACACGAUCGAUAUGCUUCUCGGCCGGCUGAUGGGGCAAGUCCCCGUCCAUCUCUACGACCCUAUCAACGACUACGUCAUGACGGAGCUCAGCAGGCGCGCGGCAGAGUUCACACAGACAGAAGUCAUACACAUCCUUGUGGGAACCUUCAAUCUCAAUGGCAAGACGAACGGUCUCCACGAGGACCUGUCGCCCUGGCUCUGUCCCAACGUUGAUCCAUCGCAGCAAUGUCCUGAGAUCGUCGCAGUCGGCUUUCAAGAAAUCGUAGAGCUGAGCCCACAACAGAUCAUGUCGACAGAUCCAGCGAGGCGGCAAAUGUGGGAGCAAGCGGUGAGGAAUUGCUUGAAUGAGAAUGCGGCGAAGCAUGGCAAGGAAGAUUAUGUGCUACUAAGAGGUGGCCAGCUCGUUGGUGCAAGUUUGUCCGUGUUUGUAAGGGCGAACUCGCUGAAGUUUAUCAAGAAUGUGGAGGGCAGUCUGAAGAAGACUGGAAUGUCUGGCAUUGCGGGUAAUAAAGGUGCUGUUGCCAUCCGCAUGGAGUACGCCAACACUUCGAUUUGCUUCGUCACAGCCCAUCUUGCAGCCGGCUUCGCCAACUACGAGGAGCGGAAUCGCGAUUACAAGACCAUCAGCCACGGUUUGAGAUUCCAGAGGAACAGGUCGAUUGAGGACCAUGAUACGGUCAUUUGGCUUGGAGACUUCAACUACCGCAUAGGCUUGAGCAACGAGAAGGUGCAGAAAUUGUGCCACGUCGUCGACCUUGAGACCUUAUAUGAGAACGACCAGCUCAACGUGCAAAUGGUCGCUGGCCUCACAUUCCCCUACUACUCCGAAGCCCGCAUCACCUUUCUACCCACUUACAAAUACGACAUCGGAACUGACACCUACGAUACCUCCGAGAAAGCGCGCAUCCCAGCCUGGUGCGACCGCGUCCUCCGCAAAGGCGACAACAUCCGCCAAAUCAACUACGAUGCGGCGCCUCUGCGCUUCUCCGAUCAUCGCCCUGUAUACGCUACCUUCCAAUGCCUUGUCAGCAAAGUCGAUGAGAAGAAAAAAGACCAGCUGAGCGAGGAUCUCUAUCACCAGAGAAGAGCGAUAGUCGGGGAUACUAGAGCGACAGGAAUCAUGGAGGAUACAGAUGAUGAGGAUUUGCUCGGUUAUGACUCUAUCGAGCCGGGUCUCCCACCUGCGAGCUCAGAUCGUAGGAAGUGGUGGCUUGAUAAUGGUCUCCCAGCUCGCUCCCGAGCUCAACCGCCAUCCAACGACCACUUCCCGAACCCCAAGCGGCCUAGCAACCCUUUCACGCCUUCCCCAGAACCGGACUGGGUGGAAGUCAAGCGUAUGGGUAGUAGAGCCGAGCCACCUCCCGCACGAGGUACAGCGCGAGCGCAUACCGUCGAUUUCAACGGCACGAGUACACCGAACAGCCUGUCUGGCUCAACGACGAAUCUGAAUCAGAUGAAGCCAAAUUCCAUGGCACGCAAGCUCAUAGCGCCCCCAUUCAACCUCAGUAACCCUUCUACAACACCUAUCCCGAACGUCGACGGUGCGAUCGACGCUCUAAAACGCACGCCGUCGAACACAUCGACACACUCCCUUCCCAACUACCUACCCCAUCGCGGACCCCCUACUCAACAAGCUCACCCACCACCCCCUUCAAACCUCGCACGAGAAAUUUCCCGGAAACCCGCUCCUCCCGUCCCGACGAAAAAGCCUUCUCUCCUUGGGACCGCUGUCUCACCCUCGCCCGCUUCGACACCCUCCCCUCCAUCGCAAAGACACCGCGAAGAUCUGCAUGUAGAUGCGAGACCGCAGCCUCCACCUCCGCGCCGCUCGAUGGCACCGCCGAAGACGGAGAGGAAGCCUGUAGCGCCGGCGAGUUUGAUCGAUACGAGCGAGGAUAAACCGCCGCUGCCGCCUCGGACGGGGACGGGGUUGAGUGCGGCGAGUAAUGGGAGUGCAGCAGGUAGAGGGAGAAGUCUGAUGGAUGAAGAGCCGGAGGAUAUGGAGAGUCUGAGGGGAUGGGAGGUACUCAGACCGGUGAGGUAGUGGUCGAUUCUAGAGCGAAAGCGAGGCAGUUUGGUGAGCAGCUGAAGGCUUAGCGUGGAGUUUUGAGGCUCGGUUUGAUGGGCGUCUG